UUUAAAUUGGUAAACAACUUGGAUAUUUCUGGGGAGUGUUAUUGCUGCAACUGUAUGGCAUUCAAAUGUAUGCAAAAUAAAAUUGUGGCAAUCUGACAUAAUUUUUAUGUAAUACCAUUUGGCAAGAUUUCUCCUUUCUUCGCUUCUUGGGAUCCCACGUUGGGUUUGGUGAAUACCAGAUUUUAGUUAUGCAUAUAUUCUUCUACUGGUGCAGAACAGUGCCUUGAUAUGGAUAAUUAGAUUCCAAAACCAGUGUUUUGUGCUAAGUGAGAACAAUAGGAUUUGCCUAAAUUAAUCGGGAAUUCCCAGAAGGCACGCUUAUAACAAAUAUGGAUUAUUGGAGGAUUUUGAUGCUCCUUCAUUUGAUAGCAGCCUCACUUGCAUACAGAGAAGAUAGUCAGUAUAAUGAUUUGGCUGAAGAAGGUCGCCAUGGAGGUAGAAGAAGACGACCUGGAAGCCAAAAUGGAAGUCCUUGUAACUUUGCGGGAAGCAGUGGGAAACCGAAGAGCCAACCCCAGGGGCGGACAUUCUUCGAUCUUCAGUUCCUAAAUCUGGAACAUAAUUAUAAUUACAACAUUAAUUGCGGGAGCGGUGGGGGUAGUUAUCCAGCCUAUCCUCAACCUGCACCUGUUUAUGAAAUUCUUCCCGGUGAAGAUGGUGGCCACAAGCCUGGAGGCCAUAAACCUUCAGGAGGAGGUGGUGGAGGAAAUAAACCAUUCAACAGACCAGGAAAACCAGCGACCACAAAGACCAUUUCAAGGUGGGCAUAGUCAACAGAGCAGUUCAGUAGCAGAUAGUUCUGAUUCCGGGCAGCAAAACGGCGGCCCGGGAGUUUUCAGUGGAGCAUUUGCGGGCUUUUUUCCUUCGCCACAACAAUUCGCCACAGGUUUAUCGGACGGAAUACAAAGUUUCGUGGGAACGAUACCGGCAAUUGGGCAAAGUUUCCAGUCAAUUUUGCCGAGUUUUAGUGACUUUCAGCUGCCGCAACUACCCCAAUUCAAUCCUGGAGACAAUACAGGACCGGUUACGUUUGCUCCACUUUUUCAAGGCUUCAAUCCGAGUUCUUCUACAAACAAUUUCAAUCGGCCCCCCGUUUCAUCAGCUCCCAUUGCUACAACUCUAUCACCAGUAUCGUCUACCCCAUUUACUACAACGACUGAUCCAGACGAUGUGAUCUACAGCGAUGAGCUGAAACCUGUUCACGAAGAUUACGAUCCGAUAACUGAUCCGUAUAUUAGCAAUAAAUUGCCUCCUGGUGUAUUAACUCCGGGGCAGUACUUGGUAGUAUCUAAUCCGCAUUUAGGGAGCUACACGCAUGAUAUAAGCGCUUUUAAUCCUACUAAUUUGUAUAACAAGCUACAGCAAGGCGUGAUGGAGGCUUUGGAUGAAUUUGGGAGCUUUUUUUGAAGACUUUAGGAGGUAUAAACCGGUAUAACUAUAAUAAAAAAAGUGGGUAUGGCCAAUCGCGCUCUGUAUACGAUACGCGCAAUAAGGAUGGC